GCGCGAGUUUUCAAAUUUCUCAGUGAAAUGAAGUGAGCAUACAAAUUGUUGGCCGGUCUAAAUGGAUUUGCCCUUUGGCACACAGACCCCCGAACUAGAUGUUCUGAUUGUGGGCGGGGGCCUUUCGGGCCUGUCCUCUGCCCUGAAAAUCCUGGCCUUGGAGAGCACCCUGAAGGUGAGAAUGAUUGAGGCUAGCGAUGGCUUGGGCGGCCUGAUGGGCCAGAAUAGCACCCGACUGGUGGAUGCAGCGCAGCAGGACAUGCUGGCCCUCCUCACCCUCAUUCACUUGUCACCGCGGCGGCGGCGGAGCAUCAGUGGCAGACUUCGGAGAUGCUGGGAUCUGGAUCGUGGACUCACAGCUCUGCCGGCCAAAUUCGAACUAGGACGAUACAUCGAGAUGCUGGACUUGCGGAUGCCCAAGUUUCGCUCGAAACGAUUCAAUCUUCGGGAACGAGUGUCCAACAUGGAGCAGCACAUUUGCCACCAUUUGUUCUUCAGCAAGUCGAGGAACUUCAUGUUGAACCUGGUGCAGCUGGUCUGCGGUGUUCCUGCCAAUGAGGUGGACUACGAUGUCUUUAUGUCCGUCUGCAGCUCCUGUGGAGGUCUCAAAAUGCUGAUUGACUUCUACUUCACCUACCCCACAAGCUUCGAUGAGAUAUCCACUCAGAUGCUGAUAGAGAACAUUUUGGAGCAACUGCAGUUCAUCAAGAUUAUCCUAAACUGCAGAGCCGUCAGAUUGGAGCACUUUAAGAACUAUGUCCAGGUGACGGAUGAUCAGGGUAACAAGCACACGGCUCAGGCUGCGAUCCUGGCCAUUCCCUGGAACAAGGUGCAGAAGUUGCAGUUCGAGCCGCGCAUACCAAAGGUCUUCCUCCCACGGACGACAUCCAGAUCUGGCCAAAAGCGCCGCCAGGUGAUCAGCCAGUUUCAGUUGCGAUACGGCAAGUCCGUUUGGACGGAUCUCGGUUACUCCGGCAACUUUCUCAGCUCCCAGCCGCUGGUCAGUGGUCACGAGUGUCGGAUGUCCAGCUUUUGCGGCUACGUGCUGCACUCGCCGGAGGAUCAGGACGAAGUGCUGCAAGAUGUCGUCGAUCUGCUGGCCGAACACUUCGGCGAGGAGAUGCGCCAGCCACUGGAGUGCCAGUGCUUCACGGACGAGCUGAAUGUGGCGCAGCACAAGCCGCAGACCAAGCCCUGGCAUCGGGUCAUCUGGUCCAGUUCCUCGGCCGUGGGCACCAGCUAUCGCAGCCUGAUGGGCGGUGCCGUGCAGAGUGGCUUCCGGGCGGCGGUGAAUGCCGUCUUUGUGGUGCGACCGCAGGUGGUCAGCUGGAAGGACAUGCUCGUCGAUCGGCCAAAGAAUGGCCAGGAUGUUGUCUCCGCCGGCAGAAUCAGGGGACUCCUCAGUCGGCUCAAUCUCUACAAUGUCACCUUCUACAGCUUCUUUGUGAUCGGACUCAUCUGGCUGCUGAACCUGGGUUAUGCCAGGUCAAUCUAGGGAAUUACCACACCUAUGUACCUAUCUAUAGAAAUUAAAUGCUUGUUUUUGAAUGCCUUUAGUCGGAGUCCUA